AUGCAAAAAACACUGCUCAGAGGAGUCAGGACACUUGACAAUAAUCACCUCCAAAAUCACAACCUCUUUCUUCUUUCUCUCUCCUCAAUUUCUAAAAUUCCUCUCAAUUUCAUCCGUAGAAAUCAUUCUCAUGAUACUAGAAUUUCAUUUUCUGGGGAAACUGCAACAAUCAGAUGGGAUACCAAACCAGAUGGUCUUACAUUGGUUCAGAUGAUUCGAGGUUGUAUUAAUCAUGGCUGUGUUUCUUAUGGUAGACAACUUCAUUGCUACUCUUUACAAUCUGGGUUCACUUCAAAUGUUUAUGUAAAUACUGCUUUGGUAAGUUUCUAUGCCAAAGUUGUGUCUUUAGAAGAUGCCCACAAACUGUUUGAUGAAAUGCCUGAGCAAAAUGUUGUUUCUUGGAAUGCUAUGAUUUCUGGGUAUGUACAUUCUGGAAAGUUGUGGAAAGCUCUGACACUGUUUGUUCAGCUCAGUCAGUCUGACAUUCGAGCUAAUGCAUACUCUUUUACUUCUGCAUUGGCUGCCUGUGGUCAGUUGGCAUUGCCGCGGUUAGGCAUGUCCAUACACUCGAGGAUUGUCGUGGAUGGACUGGAAUCAAGUGUUGUUGUUGCAAACUGUUUGAUUGAUAUGUAUGGGAAGUGCAGUUCUGAAGACGGCGCUAUCAGUGUGUUCGACGAGUUGAAAGAUAAGGAUGUGAUUUCAUGGAAUUCAGUUAUUGCAGCGUGUGUCAGAAAUCGAAGGCUUGGACUAGCAUCUGACUACUUUUAUCAGAUGCCUUGCCCUAAUACUGUCACCUAUAAUGAAAUGAUUAAUGGAAUUUCGCAGUUUGGUGACAUAGAUGAGGCUAUAAAGAUAUUGAGGAGCAUGCCUAAACCAAAUUCAUCAUCAUGGAACGCGAUUAUAUCAGGGUAUGUGGUUAGGAGUAGAGUAGGGGAAGCUCUUGAUUUCUUUGCUCAAAUGCAUGCAGAAGCAGUCGUUACAGAUGAAUUCACAUAUUCGAGCAUUUUGAGUGGGAUUGCGUGUAUUUCAGCUCUAAGAUGGGUUACCAUAAUCCAUUGUUGUGCUAUCAAACAUGGUUUGGUUACUUCAAUGAUCAUCGGGAGUGCACUGGUGGACAUGUACUCAAAAUGUGGACAGGUAAAAGAUGCAGAGAUGUUAUUUCAGUUCAUGCCAAGGAAAAACAUUGUUACUUGGAAUGCAUUAAUAGCUGGUCUUACACAUAAUGGGGAAUCACACAGGGUGGUCCAAUACUUCGAGGAGUUGAAGGAUGCGAAGGGAUUGAAACCCGAUGAUAUCACCUUUGUGAAUGUUUUGGCAGCAUGUUCACAUAGCCAAAUGCCAUUGGAGAAAGCUUAUGAGUAUUUGACAUCUAUGUACUAUGAUUAUGGAAUCAAACCAAAUCCUGAGCAUUUAGCUUCUAUUAUUAGACUUUUGGGAUAUCAUGGGCAGCUAUGCAAAGCUGAGAAGUUGAUUUAUGAGCUAGGGUUUGGUCAUGCCCAUCCGUUUGGAGGGCUUUGCUUGGUGUCUGUGGAGCUAACGGGAAAUUGGAUGUUGCCAAGGUUGCAGCUGCAAAGUUGA